AUGGCCACCACCAGACGUCGCCAGAACAGCUCGGCCGGCCAUGCGCGUGCUUUGUCCAUCCACGGCGGCCGUACCGCAACAACAGUCAAGCAACCCGCCACCCCGAAGUCCGCCCACGUCGCCGAUCCGUAUCUCCAGAGCUUCCUGACACCAGCGUUCGACCCUGCCGACUAUCUCAACUCGAUCUUGCCCCCUCUUCAGUCUCAGUCGCAGCCGUCGCGUGCCCAGGAUGCCGCAUCCUUAGCCGACCUCUCUGCCCAGGCUCAGUCCGAGGUCUCCCAGCUCAACGCCCACACGACUCGCCUCACAAAUACCCUCACUCAGUUGACUGAUGACAUCCUUCGGAGCGGAAGUCGGCUGGCAUAUGAGGUCGAGCUCUUGAGAGGAGAGACCUUGAGCUUGUCGGAAGCGUUGACAGAGGGCCUCGCCGACGAUAUUGCUCGUUUCGUGCCCGAAAGCACCACGUCUAAAUCCGACCCCAAGGUUUCUCUGCCUAGCCCCGAUGGAGGUGCUGAGACAGGCCAUCCUGGGGAACCCCCUUAUAUCACACAGCUUCGAACCCUCACACUGGUUCGCGAGCGCUUGGACUCUGUCGUCAAGACCUUCGGCGAUGCGAUGGAGUUCGUCUUCCCUCCAUCAGAGCUCUCCGUGAGCUCCUCGUUCCUGUCGGUUUCAGCUCCGGAACCCGGUGCCGAGGCUCACAGUACAGAAGACAAAGGUCAAUUAGUGCUAAAGGCACUUAGAGACGAGAUUAACGACAUGAUCACAAAGUCCAGUGACCCUGUUGACGGUCUGGAGAGGGCGACAAAGCGCAUCGAAGAGCUGAAGGACUUGUCUACUGUGUGGAAAGGCACAGCGGAAGAAAGGGGCAGGGCUAAAUUUAUCGACAGCCUGGCCAAGACGGUCGAGGAUAGACACAAGGAGCUGGUUAAGGAGCUGGAACAAGCAGCGCGCAAGGGUGACAUCGCCGAGGCGACGGCGCAGCGCAAAUCCACCAGUGGCAACGACAUAAGCGGCUCAGAGAACAAAAACAACGCUGGAUACGGCUUGAUGAGCCAAUGGCAGCGACUUCGGACUGGUCUCUGA